GCAAAGUGACAGUCGAGUUGUGGUCAGGUUAAAAUUUGGCAUUUAUAAUCAGUAUACUGAUUUCGGAACCGAUGCAGCUGGAAUGAGCAGAUUUUAUAGUCGCAGGCACCAUCGGUCGAACAAACGAUAAAAAUGGAUAUCGUAACUACGAGUCUGGAGGCUCUUUUACAAAUGGCCACGAAUCCUCAAAAUGUGAAACCCGACAUGGCAGCCAUCGGAGCAUUUUGUGCUACUCUCACCAGGGAACCCCAAGGAAUGCCUUUUGCGACUAAAUUAAUAGCAACCCGUAUUCAAUCUAAUAUCGAGUGGGAGGCUCUUCAAACGCUCACCGUUUUAGAUAUUUGCAUGAAGAGAUGUGGUUCUACGUUUCAUGCAGAGGUUGGGAAAUUUCGUUUUUUAAACGAAAUGAUAAAACUGGUAUCGCCAAGAUAUCUCGGUGACAAAACACCAGAGGUUGUUCGAGAAAGAAUACUGCAGCUUUUGUAUACGUGGACAAAGGAGUAUCCCCGUGAAAUAAAAAUAAAGGAAGCCUAUGAAAUGUUGAAGAAGCAACGCGUUCUUAAAGAUGAUCUUCCACCAACGAUAAACAGACAGAACGACGUACUUAAGCCACCUAAGUCAAAAUCAACAAACUCUGCUACGGUAUUCGACGACGAAGAAAAAUCUAAACUUCUGCAAAAGUUGUUACAAAGUAAAAAUCCUGAUGAUUUGCAAGCAGCCAAUAGGCUCAUAAAAACGAUGGUCAAAGAGAACGAGUGGAAGGUACAGCAGAAUUCUCUCAGAGUACUAGAAUUGGAGUCGGUACAUAACAAUGUCAAGUUGUUGUCCGAGAUGUUAGAUUCCUAUGAGCAUUGUCAGUCUAGUACCGAAGAUCUGGAAUUAAUGAAGGAACUUCAUCAGGCUUGCAAGCACUUACUACCUAAAGUUUUAAGGCUAGCAAAUGAGACACAAGAUAACGAAGAAAUGCUCAGCGACGUACUUACUGCAAGCGAUGAACUGGGUCAUGUGUUCGAGAGGUAUGCUGCCGUGAUUGAAUUAGGCCAGGUAUCUACAGAGACGGACACAAAUAGCACAAACAAUGGCGUUUCCUUAUUGGAUUUGUCCUCUCCAACGAGCAACAGCCCCUCUGUCGAUAGGUCAAUAAGUAAAAAUCAAAAUUGCAAUGCAAUUCAGACCGAUAUGGAAAUAUUGGGAGAUAUAUUCAACUCCUUGAACGAUGUUCCAUCAUUAUCAUCGGGAACUGAUACGUUGCUUUCAUUGCCAACCAUUAAUCUGGUUCAACCAAUGUCUACCCAACCUGUGACGAAGAAAGACCGGGUCGACAAUCCUGUUGAGUCUGUAAAAUUAGAUGGCAGGGCAAAGGCAUUGGAAGAUUUGAAUGAAUUGGGAGAAGCUCUUCUUAAACAAAGCAUUGUGCCAUCUACGGUAAAGACGAACUUUACCAAGUCAAGUAAACAGACUACCCACGUACCUAUGAACGCUAUGAUGAAACGCCCUGUGCCAUUAGAGUCUACGACAGUUGUCACACAGAACUCUCUACCCGAUGCUCGAAAUGGUUCCGUUGCGGCGCCAGAAGUAAUUAAUGAUGAGUUCAGCGAUGAAUCAUCCGAAAUAUUGAACGGAGAUAUUCCUUUAGUUGAUAUCAAAUUACCGUCGUUCACUAAAAGUUUGAAUAACGUUAAUGCAGAAGCUGAAAGCACAAAGAGCGACGAAAGCUCCGUGAGCCCGAUUCCAAUAGCGCCUACGAACCACAGCUGUGAAUCUAUAUCAUUGACAGAUAUUAACGUUACCCUUGAGAAUAUAAUUCCAGGAACAGUUCCUCCGUUAAUCGCUUUCGAAGAAAAAAAUGGUAUAUCCGUGAUUUUCCACUUUGCAAAAGACGAGCCCAGGCCAAAUGUUUCCGUAAUUGUGAUAACGAUGACCAGCAAAAACUUGAAGCCUCUUACCAAUUAUCUAUUCCAAGCAGUCGUACCUCAGAAGUGUAAAUGCAGACUCCAACCACCUUCCGGGACUACGUUACCCGGGCACAAUCCCUUUUUACCUCCUUCGGCCAUCACUCAAAUAAUGCUGAUCGCAAAUCCGCACAAGGAGUCGUUGUCACUGAAAUUCAUGUUGAGUUACACCAUGAAUGGUGAGACCAUAACGGAGAUGGGCGAAGUCGACCAUCUGCCUAUAACAUAAUAAAAACCCAGGAGAACGACGUCGUGCUUCAAAUAUCCUCUCAAGCUUGAUGAACUUUACUUAUUAUUAAGUAUUGUAUUAUAGUUAUAUGUACAUGUCAUCGAGGUUUCUGAAUUUUUUAACUGUAAAAUUACUGAAUGGCGUGUGCACUUGUCUCUUCCUUGGUAAAUAGUCCAUUCGUCGUAUGAUUUUCGCAAUAUCGGGCAAAAAUUAUAUUAAUAUAUCGCAUAUUUUGUUUUAAAGUUGGAAAAUACAAUAAACUAUUACAGAACGUUCCGUUAACCUA